AUGUCCUCCUCAACCCCCGCCUUCCCACCCUCCGAAAUCCGCGAGAUCGUGGAACAAGUAACAACCCUCCUAAAAGACCGCAACGAAACCGUCAGCAUAGCCGAAACAGCAACCGGCGGCCUGAUCAGCUCCUCCAUCCUCAGCACCCCUGGCGCAAGCAAAAUCUACAAGGGCGGCUUGACCCUCUACACCUUACCCUCCCGCAUCGCGUACGCUGGCUGGACACAGCAGACGAUCGAAGGCUAUAAGGGUCCUACCACCGAUAUCGUCUCGGGUCUAGCGAAGCACGUCAGGAAAGAUCUAGAGAGCACGUAUACGUUAUCGGAGAGCGGGACUGCUGGGCCUACGGGCGGGCAGACGCCGAAUAGGCAGCCGGGGUAUGUUGCUUUGGCGGUAGAUUGUGAGAGGGGGACGUUUACGAAGGAGUUGAAUACGGAGUUGGGGACGGAUCGGGUGGCGAAUAUGGUGAGGUUUGCCGUGGAGGCGUUUACGCUGUUGAAGGAGGUUAUUGAGGGGAGGGCGAAGUUAUAG